GAAGAUGGCCUUCUUUCAGAACAACUUCUGGGGGGAGAAAAAUGCCGGCUUCGAUGUGCUCUACCACAACAUGAAACAUGGCCAGCUGGCAACGAAGGAGCUUGCCGAGUUUGUCCGUGAGAGAUUCAACUUUUUGAACAGCCCUCGUACAGGUCAACUAAAAUCUGACUGGAAUACAAAACCUUGACCAUCUAACCAUGUAAUCGACUUUUUGGACACUUGGGGCACCAAGCACAAGUUCUGUAUAUCAACUUUUAACGAUAUGCUCUGUUUCUGGUGUCCUGAGAGAAACUACCCUCCGCCUGAAUAAAACAUUAUUUGGGCUUUUUUGUGACAGAAUUCAAGUCCCAGCACAAUGUCAGCAUCACUUCUAAAGAUGGAUAAUGUUUGAUGUGCUGCUGUUGAGGAGACCUACUCCAAGUCAAUGAGCAAACUGGCAAAGAUGGCUAGUAAUGGAAGUCCACAGGGGACUUUUGCUCCCAUGUGGGAUGUCUUCAGGGUCUCUUCGGACAAACUGGCUCUCUGCCAUCUCGAGCUGAUGAGAAAGAUGAACGAUCUCAUCCGUGAUAUCAACAAGUACGGAGAUGAGCAGGUCAAAAUCCACCGAAAGACAAAGGAGGAGAUGGUGGGGACAGUGGAGGCGGUGCAGGCGCUGCAGGUUCAGAGCAGUCACCUUCAGAAAUCAAAGGAAGGAUACCAUGCCAAGUGUUUGGAGCUGGACCGACUCAGGAAGGAAGGAGCUCCACAAAAAGAGCUGGAGAAAGCGGAGCUGAAGUCCAAGAAAGCGGCCGAGUCGUUUGCGUUGUGCAUCGAGAAGUACAACCGCGUGGGAGGAGAGUUUGAACAGAAGAUGAGCGAGUCGGCCCAGAAGUUUCAGGAAAUCGAGGAGGCCCACCUGCGUCAGAUGAAACAGCUGAUCAAAGGUUACUCCCACUCCAUAGAGGACACUCACGUACAAGUGGGACAGGUUCACGAGGAGUUCAAGCAGAAUGUGGAAAACAUUGGCAUUGAUAACCUCAUACAGAAAUUUGCAGAGCAGAAAGGCACAGGCAAAGACAGACCAGCUCUGGUUGGAUUUGAAGAAUAUAUGACAGCACCUGAGGGUGGGAAGAAGAGUCGUGCAAAAGCCUUCAGGAUCCCUGGGCUCGGCAAGAGGGACAAAGAGCCAGACUCUACGGACUCAGCAGUGACAGAAGCACUCAAUUCACCUCUGGAAGUAGACGAUGAAGGAUUCGUCAUCCGAGCUGACAGCACUCAGAAUGGCUGCUCUGAAGAGAAGGAAAACAACUUUUACUCCAGUGACUCUGACUUUGACGAUGAGGAGCCAAAGAAAUUUCACAUCCAGAUCAGGCCGGUCGCCAGCAGCAAUCGCAGCAACUCUGCUGCCACAGAGAAAGAGUUGAAAGCCACCAUUGGGGCACUCACCCUGCCUCCAAACAGAGCAGUUCGACAACAGGUGCCAGUGAAGCGUCAUCUCUCUAGGAACUCGAGUACAACAGGUCGCUCAGAAGAAGGUAAGGGAGCCUUCCACAGGGAUGGAGAUCAGGAGGGCCUACGCAGGUCCACCUCCAGUCCUGAUCACAGCAGGUUAGGCUCAACAGCGUCUGGUUCUGACAGCCUGUUUGGUCCUCCGCUGGAGUCAGCCUUCAAGUCCAAAAGUUUUGAUAGUCGAGAACAACUCAGAGAGCAGAGCACCUUUGGAGCCUCUGAAUAUGCUGCCUUCUCGUCAGACUCCUCCUCUCCAGAGAACGUUGAGGACUCCGGCCUGGACUCACCUUCCCAUCAGACCUUGGGGCCGUCCCCUGAGCCAGCAGGUUGGGCAGCUUGGCCUCCUGUAUCCCAGAGUAAAGAACAGACUCAAACGCUUGGACGACCUGCUGAUCCCUUCCUCUCUGCUUUCCGGGACCCCUCUCCUGGUCGGAGUCCUCUCCCGCAGGAUGAUCCUGCCAGCGUCUGGUCUGUCGCCCCUUCUCGUCCCUCUCGUGUCCCCUCAGAUAUGGACCCCUCAUCUGCUCGGUUCCCUGCUUUCUCACAGUCCCUCCCUCCGCCUGAGAUAGAGUCAUCAGUGUGGAACUGUAAACACAUCCCACCUGAGGAUCCCUUCCUCGCUGCGUUCGAGAGGACUGUCACCCAAGAGACCAUAAACCUGUCUGAUGCUUGGUCCCGCCCACCGCCUCGACAAACACCUGAGGGGAGGGGGAUGGAGGUGCGAGUGGAUCCGUUCUCAAUGACUCUCCCUGACACCAAAAAACUCCCCACCUCAUCCUCGUCCUCCUCUUCAUCCUCCUCUCACCGUAAAGACCGAGAGAGGAAACGAGACCGCAGCCUCCCGCCUCCUGUUACCUCUGAUGACCCCUUUGCAAUCACAAUGAUUGGCAGCCCAACGCACCAAUCAUCUCUGGCUGCAGCUGCUGGAUUAAUCCCCUCUCAAAGCAGCAGCAACAUUGUCAGCUCUAAUAGCAGCAACAGAGUGGGACUCGAUUCUAACUCGAGCUCUUUGCCCACAACUCAGCCCAAGAAGGAGCUGAUGCACUGGAACUCUCUGCACAACCCGUUCAAUGAGGGAGUCUCUAAAACACAGGAGGGAGGAGGAAAAGGAGAGGGAGGGGAGAGGAGGAAACAUCGAUCAUCAGAGAGUGAACCACGCAGGAACGCUCCUCCACUCACGAGGCAUUCAGGACCACAGGAGGAUCUGUGUUUCUCUACAGACAAAGAUCAAGACUGCCUAGAUCUGAACUCUCAGAUCCCAUGCAGUGUCAGCUCUCACAAAGGCUCCAAACACAACUUCAGACAGGACACGACUGAAGUAGUGUCAGCUGCUCCUCAGAGAGCUGCCCGGGCCAAGAGGACUUCAGGCCGACUCAGCGGCUGUGAGAGAUCUCGCUCUCUCUGCUCCUCUCCCCUGCCGGAGCCCAGCCCCUCCCUCACUUCCUCCUCCUCGUCCAGCCCCAGUGAGUGGGGGCCUCAGGCCCGGGACGCUGACUGGGCAGGUCAGAACCGAGCUGCCAGUCCUGCCAGGCCGGGGCAAGUCUCACCAUUGCCCUUCCAGCACCAGGACCACCAACAGAGACCCCUGCACUUGUCUCGAGGUCCCAGUCCCAUUUCUCUCAGCACACAGGAGGCCUGGCCGGUGGCAGCAGCCAUAACAGAAUAUAUUAACGCUUACUUCAAAGGUGGACAACACAACCGCUGUCUUGUGAAGAUUACAGGUGACCUGACGAUGUCCUUCCCUGCGGGCAUCACUCGCAUUUUCACAGCAAACCCUAACGUCCCCGUGCUUAGCUUCAGACUGGUCAAUAUCUCCAGGAUCGAUCACUUUCUGCCAAAUCAGAAGCUGCUGUACAGCGACCCAUCUCAGAGUGACCCGGAUACCAGAGACUUCUGGUUCAACAUGCAGGCUCUGCAGCUCUAUCUGCAGAGAGAGUCUGAACUCAACCCUCAGGCCUCGUACUACAAUGUCGGCCUUCUCAAGUAUCAGGUGUCGUCUCAGGACCCGGGUCGGGCUCCUCUCCUGUUGUCUGCAGAGUGUCAGCGCAGUGGCACAGUGACCCGGGUGUCUUUGGAUUAUCACUGCUGCCCCGCCACCGCACCCUCCACCCAGCUCACUGCCGUCCAGGUGCUGCUGCCAUUGGACCACACCGCCACCGACCUGCAGUGUCAGCCGGCUGCCUCCUGGAAUGCUGAGGAAAGACGGCUGCUGUGGAAACUCCCGAACCUUUCACCAACCAAUCACAGCAAAGGCUCAGGGACUCUGUGUGCCAGUUGGCAGUGCCUGGAGGUCCCCCGCGGCCCUCCACCCAGCCUGGCUGUCCAGUUUGUGGGCUCCGGGGCCUCUCUGUCAGGCAUGGACGUUGAGCUGGUGGGCAGCCGCUACCGCAUGUCGCUGGUCAAGAAGAGAUUUGCCACAGGGAAGUACAUGGCAGGCUGCUCCCUGUGAGCCGUGUAAAUGAUCAUUGCGGCUGCAGCUUCAGAGAAAUUUUCACUUUUUCUUUGUCCAGCGAUGAAAGCAGAAGAGAUGAUUCAUGGUAAGAUGUAAAACUGAAGACGAGGCACCUUUAUUCAGACUGAAGGACAACGUGCACUUACUUCUGACAGUGUCCUGCCGUUUUAGGACCAAGCCUUUUCUUCUUCUUCUCCUCUAAUUUAGGUUGUUGUACACUGACUUUUUCUACAGAAUCAUUUCAUCGUGUUCUCAGACUGCAAACUAAGCUAGAUGUCAAGACUUUUCUUAAAGUACAACAGAGAAUGUGUGAAAAAAGGAUUUUACUGUUUGGGACUCGGAUGCCAUGGGAUUUAGGAUUUUUAAUUUCUGUAAAUAUGGAAGAAACACUAGAAUAUCUUCAAAUAUCGAACCUGUCACUGCGCCUUAGAAAAAGAGAUGUUUGUAAAUCUGCUGUUUGUUCCACAUAGA